GAACGUGGGCCACCUCGAACAUGACACUCGCACGUCUCUUGGCCGGCCACUCGGGUAGGUGGCAAGAAAGAGAUCGCUUAAGACGGAGGGGAACAAAGUCGUUUGGGUCGUUUUGGUUCGAUCCUCGGGCAGAAGAUGAAAUCCUCCAGCGUGUCCUCGUCUCCCCUCAACCCGUCCUCCUCAGACAGCCGCACGGUCGUCUUACAGCUUCGACUGCUGCCGCAUCCGCCGACCGAGUGUGCCCCGUUGUCUUUUGUGUCGUAGGCGAGGAGACAGGAGGGGACAUAGCGGCGACAAGAUGCAUGUUGCCGCUCAUCGAGGCCGAGCGUUCGCCGCCCAGGUAA